AAACGGAGAAAUGUGAUUGGUUGUUGCUGGGGGACAAACAGCCUCAGAUUAACCACUACAUCUUCAGUUUGGAACAGAAAGUGGCCUAUUUAAUCGAAGCUGACCCAAAACAAGAUUCUUAACGCUGUUUAUUUUAGUUAUAUGUUUUUUUUAUAAACUGGGGGAGGUGUCAUGUAACACGAUGUAGCCCCCUCCUCAGACCGUUUGUUGAUCAGGUGUAACAGACGAAGCCGAGUCCUCGAAAGACUACUUGUUUUAUUCAUCACCAAGAACCUCAAACUGGCUGAAAUGGAUGAACAAAGUGUUGAGAGCAUCGCUGAGGUGUUUCGCUGCUUCAUCUGCAUGGAAAAACUGAGGGAUGCUCGGCUGUGCCCACAUUGCUCCAAACUUUGUUGUUUCAGCUGCAUACGACGGUGGCUGACGGAGCAGAGAGCCCAGUGUCCACACUGUCGAGCCCCGCUGCAGCUCAGGGAGCUGGUGAACUGUCGCUGGGCAGAGGAGGUCACCCAGCAGCUGGAUACCUUGCAGCUCUGCAGUCUCACCAAACAUGAGGACAACGAUAAGGACAAAUGCGAAAACCACCAUGAGAAGCUGAGUGUUUUCUGUUGGACCUGUAAGAAAUGCAUCUGCCACCAGUGUGCUCUCUGGGGAGGAAUGCAUGGCGGUCACACCUUUAAGCCUCUGGUGGAGAUUUAUGAGCAGCAUGUGACCAAGGUGAAGGAAGAGGUGGCCAAACUGCGCCGCCGCCUCAUGGAGCUCAUCAGUCUGGUGCAGGAAGUGGAGAGGAACGUCGAGGCCGUUAGAGGAGCGAAGGACGAGAGGGUCAGAGAGAUUCGAAACGCUGUGGAAAUGAUGAUCGCUCGCCUGGACAACCAGCUCAAGAAUAAACUCAUCACUCUGAUGGGCCAGAAGACGUCCUUGACCCAGGAGACAGAGCUGCUGGAGUCUCUGCUGCAGGAGGUGGAGCAUCAGCUUCACUCCUGCAGUAAGAGUGAACUCAUCUCCAAGAGUCCAGAGAUCCUGCUCAUGUUCCAGCAGGUCCAUCGUAAACCCAUGCAGUCGUUCGUCACCACACCGGUCCCCCCAGACUUCACCAGUGAACUCGUUCCAGCCUAUGACUCCAGCACGUUUGUCCUGGUCAACUUCAGCACCCUGAGGCAGCGGGCCGACCCGGUCUACAGCCCACCUCUGCAGAUAUCAGGACUUUGCUGGAGACUCAAAGUCUACCCAGACGGUAACGGCGUGGUCCGUGGAAACUAUCUGUCUGUGUUCCUUGAGCUGUCUGCUGGGCUUCCCGAAACAUCAAAAUAUGAGUACCGUGUUGAGAUGGUCCAUCAGGCCUCCAGUGACCCAACCAAGAACAUAAUUCGAGAGUUUGCUUCUGACUUUGAGGUUGGUGAAUGUUGGGGCUACAACCGUUUCUUCAGACUGGACCUGCUGGCCAGCGAGGGCUACCUGAACAUGCAGACUGACACUCUGGUCCUCCGCUACCAGGUUCGCUCACCUACGUUCUUCCAGAAGUGCAGAGAUCAAUACUGGUACAUCAGCCAGCUGGAGUCGGCCCAGAACGGCUACAUCCAGCAGAUCAACAACCUCAAAGAGAGGUUGGCCAUUGAAUUGUUUCGCCGCCAGACAUCACGCAGCUCCUCGCCUCCUGACCUCAGGCUGGCUACAGGCACCAUGACGUCUGACAGGGACCCACGCUCGGUGAAGAGCGACGACGACCCUCAGACAACCCUGAGCAACUCCAAGAAAGGCAGCGAAGAAGAGAGGACUCAGCACGACGACUCAAAUGAAUUGUCAGAUGGAGACUUGGAGGUGGAUUGUCUGACAGAGGAGGAGGUGAACCCCCUGGAUGGCAGCAGCACCUCGGGGAGCUCCACUGCCACCAGCAACACGGAGGAGAACGACAUCGACGAGGAGACUAUGUCUGGGGAGAAUGACGUGGAUUUUAUUGGGAACCUGGAGGCAGAAGAAGGAGAGCUGUCUGAUGACCUGGUUGGUGCUACAGGUGGAUCCAGCUCCAGUAUGCGCUCCUUACAUCGUGGUUCUGCUGCCGGGCGGUGUUCUGGUAACGGAGCUGCUGCCGGCGGAGCCAUCGGGCCAGGCAGCAGCCUGUUGGAUAUCGACCCGGUCAUCCUGAUCCAGCUGCUGGAUUUGAAGGAACGCAGCACCGUAGAGUCUCUGUGGGGGCUCCAGCCUCGCCCACCAGUGUCUCUGCUGCACAGCCAGGUGCAUGUCCACUCGAGAAAAGAGCGAGAGAGGCGGCCCCAGGUGGUGCGACGCUCGGCUCCGGACUCUGGAGUCCUGAUCCGCCUCAAGGCUCAGAUGGCAGAGGUCCGCAGCAAGAUGUCUGAUGUCAAGAGUCAAGUUAUGGAAGCUCGGGAGUCUGGGGAGUCCAGACCGGGCCCAUCUGGAGCCUUCGGCGGGGAGGAGGUUUCAUCUCAUCACGCCAGGAAGUCCCUGUCUCCUGUCCUGGACAGCAGCAGCUCUCUAGUGGUGAAAAGGAUGAGUCCCGACGUGCUGGAGAAAGAUCUGAGAGGAGGAGACUCAGCUGCUGAGCUCAGCCUGCAUCCUAAAGAUGGGAUGGGAGGUGCAGAUGGAGUUCUAAAGUCAGACUCCACCCUGACACCUCUGUGCAGCUCCUCAUCAGAACAAGCCUCCACCUCCAAGCAGCAGUUCUCCGUGGAGCAGCAGCUGUAUGGGGCCUCCGGGCCCAGAGAUGAGAUCUUUUCCCUGGGAGGAACCAGCUUCAUGGCUGCCAGCAAGACCUACAGCAGCAGGACUCUGGGGGCUGUUGCGUUGGACGGUGAAGCCGAAGGAAACUCCCAUCAGUCUUUGCUGAAGGGAACAUCUGCCCAACCCCAGUCGGCUGAAGAUCCGUCGUCUGUGUUGGUGGCAGCAACCAGCAGUGACAGCGACACUGAAGAUGAAGCUCUGCAGAGCUGCAACUCACGUUACGACAACCACAUCCCCCCAUGCACAGGAGAGCAGCUCCUGUCCGACGACCUGGGUCUACCUGCCGACAGGUGAUUCCCGUCAGACCACUGCUUCGUCAUUGAUCUGAUUGCACCCCCGUUAGCUCCACAGACCUAAACAUUAGAAGCUGCUUGUUUUGCAUGAACUUAAACAAAAUGCAACCACCUGCCUGUUUAUGCAGAAAUGCAAAUAGACUUUCUCAGAACUAGACAGAGGCGUUAAUGGUAAUAUGAUGAAAACGUUCUAUAAACAGACAAAAACUUUUACUGAGUUUCAUAUUCUAGUUUGCUCUUUAGACCUGAGGACACUGAUUGUGUUCAGGUCAGCCGAUCGCUAUAAUUCAGAACAAAUCUGUUACCAUUCUUGUUUGAAUGCUUUUGUUAGUCUGACGGCAUCCAAAUACGUUUAUUACUAGCAUGUUAUAACAGUGUCAUGUUUCAUAAUGCUGCUUUGCUGAUAAGUUCAGAGAUUCUACUGCACAUCCUCCUCAUCGUCAGCACGAAUAGACAAUAGAGCCUGUCAGCAGCUUCAACUGUUGGAUUUGUCUAAAUGCUUUUACUGCUAAUAGAUGCUACGGUUAAAUACAAAAAAACCUAAAUGACUCAUUGGAAACUUUUUGCACACUUAAAAAUAUUGAUAAAACUUUUCAUUUUUACUGAUCAAAGUGGGGAAAACCUGCCUCGGGCCAGUUUGUUCUCGUUUAUUUAUUUAGAGGGGUAGUUUAAGAAUCCCGUUGACUAAAUGCUCCAGAAACCGUUUUUACACAAAACAAAAACACUUCUGGCGUCUUUUCAUCGUGCCAGGCUUGUUUUUGUCUCGUUUUUCUAAUUCUACUUCAACAAGGUUAACAAACACAGAAGGAAAAAGGUUACAAACUCUGUUCAAUUUAGCAUAAAUUAGUUUGUUUAAAUAGGACCAAAAAGUGUUGGCAGUGUGGUUUUCCCACAAUAAAAAAGCUUUGAGUAAAUUGAACUGUGUAAUUCAUUUGGGUGAAGCGAUCUUUUUAAAAUGCGCCGCGUUUAACAGUAGAUUUGUAUGAAGGCCUGCAAUUAUGUAACGUGCUCUUUGCGGCGCUGCUUGGUGGGUUUAUUAGUUUACACCUCUGAACAAAUGGGGCAGAGACCAACUUUGAAGGUUUCUGCUGAGCCUUAAAACACUCGAGAUGUUUGGGAGCUGUAUACUUUUCUGCACUUUGUGAAACUUUGAGGUGAAGCCAUGUUCUCUGCUGGAAACCUGAUCUUCACUUUCUGUAAAUAUGUUGUUUUGUGUUUGCCUGGACUAGAAGGAAAAUAACAACUUUAUUUUGUCUUGAGACUCCAGAUGUUUUCUCUGUUAUUUAUGCUGCCUGUAAACACGAGAUGCACAGCAGCCAGACUCAACAUUCGGUCUUUAUCUUGUUCUUCUGAGUUUAUUUAAUUAAGAAUGUACCUAGAGUGCACCAUUUUUAUUCUGUGUAUAUUUUCUUUUUGUGUAAUAAAUAAAAUGUUUUGCAACAUGUGAAAACUA